AGACAUUGGAAACAAAGGAGCAGAUGGAAUAUCAAACAUACCUCCUCCCAUUAUUCUUUCCACGAGCAAUGAUGAUGAUCAAGGCAGAAGAUCAACCAAGCCCCAUCAUGAAUGCAGCCUUGGCCAGGACGCUCCUCAGGGCCAAUAACUCUCGUGUUUGGUCAAUGAAGAUCAUAUCUUGGAACUGCCGCGGUGCGGCCAAACAAAGCUUUCAAUCUAGUGCUAUGGAUCUCAAAAGGAUUCAUAACCCCUGCAUCAUGUUGAUCUUAGAAACUAAAAUUAGCGAAGACCAUGCUAUUGCUAAAGCUAGGGCAUUGGGCUUUCCCCACUUUCACUGUGUGGACUCUGAUGGGUUAGCAGGAGGCCUCUGGAUCCUUUGGAAUGAUAGCAAGGUUACCCUUGACAUUGUUUCUACUAAUGCUCAAGCUAUUCAUGCCAUUGUUAAGGUACGCAAUCAUCCCUCCCUUUCCUCUGAUACUUGGUUUCUUUCUGGCAUUUACGGUAGACCUGUUUAUGAGAUAAGGACUAUGCUUUGGCAAGAACUUCGCUAUCUCUCUAUAAUGAUCUCUUGCUCAUGGAUUCUUAUUGGAGACUUUAACGAUGUCAUCGAUCAAUCCAAAAUAUUUGGGGUGGCAUUGUGUGCCAAAGCAGGGGAACGCUUGGAUCGAGCCUGGGCUAACCCAGAUUGGAGGCUUAUCUUUUCGGAAGCUAAUCUAUAUCACCUUCCUAGAUUUAAUUCUGAUCAUCAUCCCAUCAUGCUGGAUCUCUGUCCUAAUCUGUCUCGAAUGGGACCUAGACCAUUUCGUAUGGAAAAGUUUUGGCUUGAUCAUCAUGAUUUCAAUCAAGCCAUCUCUCACAUCUGGCUCAAUGGGAUUUAUCGUGCUCCUACUUUUCCUCACAGCUCCUUUUUGGUUGAUCUUGAGAGACAACUUUCUAAGGAGUAUGAGAAUAUUCUUAUGAUGGAAGAGGAUUUGUGGUUUAUGAAGUCGAGAUCUAAUUGGUUGAUUGAGGGUGAUCGUAACACAAAAUUUUUUCACCUAUCAACUAUUUGUCACAAGGCCAGAAAUAGGAUUUUGGGUCUAAAGGAUUCCACUGGCAAUUGGAUCUUUGACCCUCUUGCACUAUCUACUCUCAUUAUGAACUAUUUCUCUGGUUUGUUCACCACCUCGCAUGAGCUCUCGUACUCUGAUUCUUUUGCAAGUAUUGAUGUUUCCCUUCGGGCCAUCCCCCUUGAGUCCCUCCAGGGUGUCCCUACUAAGGAUGAAAUUUGGGCCACCUUACAUUCCAUCAAACCCUUUAAAGCUCCUGGACCUGACGAUGUCCACCCUUUAUUCUUUCAGAAGUUUUGGGAUAUUACUAAGGAUAAACUUUGUACUGAUAUUAUUCAAAAUUUCUCCAACGGGAUUAUUCCCUCCUCCUGGAAUGAAAGUUUAGUUGUUCUUAUCCCUAAAAAUACCUCUCCGAUCUCAAUCCAAGAGUUUAGGCCCAUUGGUCUUUUGAAAGGCUCCAAAGCUGGUCGUAGGGGGCCUCUUUUAUCUCACUUGUUUUUUGCAGAUGAUAUCAUAUUUGUGGGCAAAGCCACCCAAGAAAACUGCAAUUAUCUUAGCUCUCUGCUCCAAUUCUUCUGCUCUAGAUCUGGCCAAAAAAUCAAUCUUCAAAAGUCUCGGGUCUUGUUUUCAAAUAAUGUGGAUCCUCCUACUCGAGACCUUCUUUGCUCUAUGCUUGGCAUAUCUAAAACCAAGGACUUGGGGAAAUAUCUGGGUCGAGUUACCCUCACCAAGUCCGUUCUGGAAGCUGUCCCAAAUUAUUACAUGCAGUCCUCCCUUCUGCCUACCUCUAUUCAUCGAGAGCUGGACCAAAUUUCACGCAACUUCAUAUGGGGCUCUGAUGAACAUCAUAAGAAAAUUCACUUAAGGCUUCACAUUGAGAAGGAUAAGCUAUGGUCAAAAAUCUUCUGCUAUAAAUACUCUAUCAUGGAUCCCCGGGCCCCCCUACCCACUGCUAGCUCCCCUGUCAUCAAAGGAUUACAAGAAGGGCGUACUCUUUUCCAACAAGGGUUGAAAUGGAUUCCUCGUAAUGGCAAUGCUAUUAGCUUCUGGAAUGAUUAUUGGUGUGGCGAUCGACCAUUGUCUGAGAUUAGAGCUAUACCUUUGUCCCUUGAAAAUUUGGAUACUGCUAUUUUUACUUGGGCUCAUGGCCAAGGCGGAAACUUCUCCUCAUCUUCGGCCUACUGUUUGCUGCUUGAGCUUCCUUCUAAAGAUGCCAAAGUUAUGAUGAGACCAUCGACCAUAUCUUCAGGACCUGCUCCAGCUAUUUCUUUGUGGAAUGACAUUCUCCCUGGAGCUAUAGUGUCUAAUGAUGACACUCCAUUUCUGCAAUGGUUACGUAACAAUUCGACACGUUUCGACGAUGCUCUGACCACUCCUAUUCCCCAAAGCCUCCACCAAAGAACUCACGAGAUGUUUGCUUGGUCUAAACCGCACUUUCCCACCAUCAAGCUUAACUCCGAUGGUUCCUUCAUUGGAAACCCAGGUUUAUCUAGGUCUGGGGGUAUCUUUAGGGAUUCUUUAGGCAAUUGGGUUCUUGGUUAUGCUAGGAAUAUUGGUUUCUCUUCCCCUCUUGCUGCUGAGUUAUGGGCCAUAAGAGAUGGUCUUGUUUUGGCCAUCCAAAAGGGCUUCCAUAAUUUAAUUGUGGAAAGUGACUCAAAGGUUGUUGUCCUUCUUCUCACGAAAGGUUGUGUUUCCACUCACCCUCACAGCACUUUAAUUCUUGAUUGCAAGAUGCUCAUGCAGAAAAUUCAUCAGAUACACUUGGUCAACAUUGUGCGUGAACGCAAUAUGUGUGCAAAUCAGCUGGCAAAAAUGGGGAUGUCGCUUUCUUCUUCUUUUUGUAUUUUUGAAUUUUGUCCACCAGCUGUUGUUGGUUUAUGCCUUGCGAAUGCCUAUGGGGUUCAGUAUGUUAGACCCCCUUGAUCCUUUGUAGUUGUAUCUCCCCCCUUUUACCAAAAAACUUUAAAUAUAUCUUAAGAGAAACAAAUGAAAAUAGCUAUUGCCA